AUGGUUUCGCUCAACGACUUGGACGAGCAGAUCGGUGCUUUGGAGGAAAGCACGGAGGAGGAGUCGGCGGAAGCCAGCGGUCCUGCCACGGUAUCCCCCCCGAAGGAGAGGCCCGUUGCGGAACACGCUCCGCCCAAGAAGGAGCCCAAGAAGGCGCCUAAGAAGGCGCCCAAGGCAAAGUCAGCGGAAGAUCCAGGCACUGCUGCCGGUGAUGAAGCACCGACAAAGAAGAGGAGGAAGGACAAGGCGUCUCGAAACGCUGUGUGCUUUCGCUACUUCGAGGGCACCUGCCGCUUCGAGGAUUGCAAGUUCUUGCACGUCAGCCCGCAGAAGCUGACCGACGAGGAACGUGCGCAGGUUUUACAUGAGCUACCGCUUCGAAAGUUCAGCCAGAAGCUGGCGGAUGUCAUCGCAGGCUUGAACAUCCCACGCUGCAAAGAUUUCCAUCAGCGUGGUGGAUGUAAGCGACCUCCCGGAAGGUGUCACUUCUGGCAUCUGACGGACGCAAGCGCUGCGCGUUGGGCCGGAUUUAACUUCUGGUGCGAGGCUGUCGAAUUGCCUGUGCAGGCAUUCACGUCCCAGGAUCAGAUGCUGGAGCAGGGCAUGAGCAGUCAAAGCCUCACUGCGAACGGGCCGGCAUUCCAUUCGUGGGGAGGCUGGGGGAGCAAGGCGCAGGUUCUCAGGGAGGCAGUCGAGGCCGUGGAGGUCGCGCAGUCCGCGGCGGCCGUGGCGGGAGUGGCCGCGCUGGCCGUGGCGGUCGCGGCCGUGGCUUCAGCCUGGAACCCCGGGAAGAUCUCAGUUUGUCGCUUUUGCACCGUGUUCAGCCUCUGUGGCCACAGGCGACGAGAUGGAGUCAGACUUGCCGGUGACCAGGGGGAGAGGUCGGAGUUCUGCAGCGAAAAAGAAGAGACCCAAGCUGCGCAGUAG